UGAACAAAACAGCCCGAUAAUAAAACAUACCAAUCUAUACUAAGGUGUUACUUUGCGUUCAAAAGUGCUUUCCUAACACUUCGUGGCAAGAUGUUUACAUGUUUAGUGUUGCUAGGCAACGAAUGGACCUUGCAAAGGUUGGAGAUACACAAACCAGUCCGUGAGCUCUCUUGGGAAGAUUUCCUUUAGCUUAAUUUGAUGCCUUCUGAUAGAAAGACAAUCAAAUACCUUUUUUAAAAAAAUUAAAGAAGUUAUGACCAAGUUUUGAGUGAACAAGCUGCUUUUCUGCGAGCUUUUUCUGUGUUUAAAAUGGCCUCAAGCUAUGUAUCGCUCGUGAAGGAAGCCUUUGUGCUGCUCGAGCAGUUCAGAUGUGACAGGAGAUGUUUGGAUGACUUUAUAAAGGAUGCUUCAAAGGGUCUACAGACUAUAGAUACUCUGAAGAGAAAAUUUAUACUUGAUGUUGUGUCUGGAUGCAAUGAGCAUAAAAAGUUGCUGGAUGUUGUUGUCAAUGCGUUUUAUGGCCAGAAGGGUAAAUGGCUUUCCAGAAGUGAUCACAGCCACUAUGUCAUUAUCUGUUACCUUGUCAUGUUUGCGCUUGAUGACCUUGGGCUUCAGCAUUUUGGCAACAUUAUUAAAUCUCUGGAUAUCAAGAAGAUGCACACUUUUUUGAAUUUCUUCUUCUCAAAUCUCACCUCAUUGAUACAAGAGGGGUGGAACAGCAUCUACGAGGCUGCCUUUGUGGAAAAGCAUUGGAUCGGCCCUCUGCUCAGAUGGCGCCCUGAGAUCAAUAUUCUCAUAGAUGAACUUGCUGCCAAAAUAUCUCAAGGGAGUCAGGUCAAGAAAGCUCCAGUUAAAACCACCAAGCCCCAGGAGUUCUCUCUCACCAAACCUAAACUUCAAUCUGUACCUUGGCCAGAACUCAUCCCACAACAGAAAAAAUGCAAACCAGUACCGAACAGCACCUACAGGGCACCAAAGGAGAUACCGAUAAUAGAAGAGAUAAAAGAAAAGAACCAUCAAAAGGCAGAGGGACUUCUGUAUGAAGCAAAUAUGACAGAGUUCAGAUGUGUCAACCCUCAGAAAUCUGAACACACAACGAGAGCAAUUGCCCAGAUUAAGGAAGACCUGGAUUCAAACCUCAAGUUUAAUUCUUUUCGUAGCUCUGGAGUUCCUCCCAGUAAUAAGGCUAACAGCUGUUCUGUCAAACCAAACAAUGCAUCCAUCAUGAGGAGGAAGGCGCUGCAUGAUCGUCAGAUGGAGAGGGAGCUGCUGAGAGUAGAACAGCUGGUACAGGGGGUUCUGGAUCCCUCAUCUUUCCUGCAGAGUCAGGGGGAGAUACUCGAGAGGGACCCACAGGCGAUGCUGCUAAUGACUGAGCAAAAACGCCUGGAGGCACGCAUCCGUGAAGAGGAGGUGGCACUGGCUCGUAAGCAAGUGAUGGAACACAACCAGAAAGCUGCAAAACAGAAGAAAGAAGAGACUGCUCAGAUGAUGCAAAAAUAUGCUGAGAAACGGUUGCAAGAAGAAAAAGAAACAAAAGAACUGAUCCAACAAACAGCAAAUGGCCACAAGAAUUCAAAAGUAGCCAAAGAGAAAUUGCAGAAAUUAAAACAAAGAAUAGUGAAAGAAGUCUCAGAGCAAAGUCAGGACCUCCUUCGUCAAGCGCUGGAGGAAGAACAGGCAAAGCUCUGCAAAAGAAUUGAAAUAAUCCACGAAAUCCACACCAUUGAAUCACUUCCUCGUGUUAGACUCAAUCUUUUUGAUGACACAGAGGCUGCAGGCCAUAAGCUGCUGGAUGAGAUGUCCCUGGCCGAGCUCAAGGAGCGACUGGCCCUGCUGAAGGAAGCAAGACAAAAAGAGGAGGAGGAGAAACGGACCUACAUCCUGGAGGAAAAGCAGAUGAAGAAGCAGCAGUUGCAGGAGAAUCUGGACAAAAUUGAAAUCCAAAGAAGAGCGCUGGCAAAGGCUGCUACCAUCAGGAAAGAGGAGAAGAAGGCCAAGCAGGACUUCCUCCAGCAGGUGGUGGCAAAUGAUGAGACACUUUUGGCCUUAAAGAGGAAGCUUGAGGAGAAAAAGCAGGAGCACCAAAGAUGGAAGGAAGCUGAAAGGGACAAGGUCAAGCCUUGUAAACAGAAAACAGCGCACACUGUCAGCCACUCAGCGAAACACAGCCAGAGAAGUGUAAAGGAGAAAAGCUGGGAAGAAUUGGAGCAGAGUUUAGCACGCUACAUUCAAAACAUUCCUGAUGUCAUUUCUUAAAAGGAAUGCGCGCUGUCCUCAGCAUGCUUCUUUUUCUUAAAAAUAAAUAUAUUAAAAAUUAACUUUUCAUGUUAAGUUAAUUUGAUACAUUAACACAAAUGAAGCAAUGUCCCACAGCGCUCAGCAGAGUUUGUUUAAAGAGUUAAUGAAUAAAUAUAUAUCAAGUCACUGUUUUAUUACUAAUGAUAUUUUUGCACCGAUAAACCACCUGAGAUUCAAGCAUGGAAAAUUUAUUCUGAUGCACAAACAUUUUUAUAUUGUAGUCGAUACAUAAAUGCUGAUUGUUUCAUUGAUGUUCGUUAGAGCUUGUCCAGUCCGUUUUUAUUUAUUUACUUUUUAUUUUCAUUUCCUUCAAAGUUAUUUCCACUCACAUGUGAAUUAACCAUGAACAGAGAAAUUGGUGUUCCUCCUGACGCAUGAAGUAUUGUCUCUUCACCCGAA